GCUACUCUCUGACAGUCACCAUCAGACCAUCAGACCACCAGAUGGACAGGCUGUGUGUCGCUCUGAUUACAUUCUUCUGUGCUGUUUCCUCCAGUCAGGAUGGGAUCUCUGCAGCAGAGGUGGAGCUGAGAGUCAGACCAGGAGACAACAUCACUCUCUACUGUGACUGUAACAUAACUCCUGGAGUUUACAUUAUCUGGUAUAGGAACUGUUCUCACAAGUACCAGCCUCCUCUAGUUAUUUCAAUUCAUGACUUUUACCAAGAUCUUCAGGACAUUCACAACCCUUUCACUGGAUAUAAUGUGGUAUGGAACCCCUCUAACAACUCCUAUGAUCUACUGAUUGAGAACAUCACUGAAUCUGACCUGGGACUCUACUACUGUGGGACUAAGGAUAGCCAGGUAGUGGAUGAUGGAGGUAAAGGAGGAAUUAAACAUAAACAGUUGUACCACUAUGGAAACAUCACCACCAGGAUUUCACUUGAUGUCGGUCCUCCUGAGUCCUCCUCCUCCUCCCCUCCUCCUGUAGACUGUGGACUGUGUUGGAUGUUGCUGUUCAGUCUGUGUCCUGUGUCUGCUCUCCUCUCCUCUCUCCUCUCCUCCACCUGUGUCUACUUCUUCUGCAGAACCACAGCUCCAACUGAGACUCAGGUUCCUCUGAACAGGACGACCACCAGGGGAAGUGACAGCAGUGAGCAGACUACAGUCAGAGAGGAACGAGACUUGUGUUACGCCUCGUUGGAUAUCCGUCAGGGACAGAGGAGACCAAAGAAGAAGAAGACAACCAAGAACUCUGACUUCAGUACCUAUUCAGCCAUCAAUACCAGCAGAGUGUGAGACAUAUACAAGCUAUCAAUACCAACAGUGUGAGACCUAUACCAGCUAUUAAGAUCAAUCCCAGCCAUCAAUACCAGCAGAGUGUGACUUAUACCAGCCAUCAAUACCAGCAGAGUGAGACCAAUACCAGCCAUCAAU